CUCACUCCCUUUUUGUCAAUCCGACUCCGAGCUUCCGGACGCUGAGAAACAUCGCUGCCGCCGAAUUUAAAGAGACAGGCAAUAGUUAUUUAAAACACGAUAAACGGCAACCAUUGUCCCCCAGCUCCUCCGAUGCGUCUCGACUCCGCUCGUACAAUUCGAUGAUGUUUCCGCAAAGUCUCGUCGAGUAAGCAGCUCGUCUCGUCUGUCAUCUGCCGCCACUCGGCUCCUUCCCCUGUCGGUUAGCGCCGAGCCAGGCGAAGUGAGAGCUGUUUGGCUCGCUGGGCUCCAACUGGCAGGCUGGCUCCCCGACCGAGAGGACGCUUUGUCGGCUAGCCGAGCACCGGAGCAACACCGAAGCUUCCCCCUCCCCAGCACACACACACACACACCCCGCUCUCGGAGCCUCUCGUCGCCGUGCUAAAUGGCGAAGAUCCAGGCGCACAGCACGGCGAAACAAAUCAACCAAAUUCAAGACAAGCCUUAUGUUAUAACACAAAAGCAAGUGCAGCAGCAGCAGCAGCACUUCCAGAAGCUGAAGGUGGAAGAUGCCUUGUCAUACCUGGACCAGGUCAAAAUCCGUUUUGCCAAUGACCCCGGCAUAUACAACAAGUUUCUCGACAUCAUGAAGGAGUUCAAGUCGCAGAGCAUCGACACCCCAGGAGUAAUAAAUAGAGUGUCCCAACUUUUCCACGGGCACCCUGACCUCGUCUUGGGCUUCAAUGCUUUCCUGCCACCCGGCUACCGGAUAGAGGUCCCGAAGAACGGAAUUGCCUUCCUCCAGUCGCCGUUCUCCUCACAGGUGUCGCCCGGCCAACAGGGAAAGAGCGUCACCCCGUCUGCGGUGACGUCAACCUCCAGCAGCACGUCCGCCGCCAACUCUGAAGCCGGACCCGCCCAAACGAGCGAUGUCAAGGCGACAUCUGCGGAGUCCCUGUCAUCGUCGACGUCUUCUUCGGUCGGACCGCCGGAAAACCCCAGCAGACUGUCCCUUCCCCUGGCCAGCAGAGAGAGUCAGAACCAGGCCGCCACCUCGUCUGUGUCCCCGCCCGCCUCCGAGACCAGCCCGGUAGAGUUUGACAGUGCCAUCAGCUACGUAAACAAGAUCAAAAACCGCUUUCUGGACCAUCCGGAGAUCUACAGAGCCUUCCUGGAGAUCCUUCACACAUAUCAGAAGGAGCAGCUGGAGGUGAAGGAGAGCCGAGGCGGUCGUGGUGCCAGCGGGAUGACUGAAGAUGAGGUCUUCUCCAAGGUCGCCAGUCUUUUCAAAGGCCAAGAGGACCUGCUGGCCGAGUUUGGCCAAUUCUUGCCCGACGCAAAGAGAUCGCUGUUCACCGGGAACUCGCUGACGGGAGCGAAAGAGCAGCUAAAAAGACCAGAUGACGACGACAUGAUCACCAAACAGAACAAAAAGCGGCCCAGACCCAUACUGUUGCCCCACAUGUCCCCACUACUCAAGAAAAAGAUGAAGUAUUCCUGUACCAAAGAUCAGUCCAUCGCCUCGGUGGGCAAACACGGAGUCUUACGAGAGUUCUCCUUCUUUGAUAAGGUUCGCCGCCUGUUUAAAAGCCAGGAAGUGUACGAGAACUUCUUGCGCUGCAUUGCCUUGUUCAACCAGGAGGUGGUCUCGGGAGCGGAGCUGCUCCAGCUCGUCACGCCGUUCCUGGGGAAGUUUCCUGAAGUGUACACGCAGUUCAAGUCCUUUCUGGGAGACAAAGAGCUCUCUCAUGCCGUGUCGGGGCUGUCUGAUCGCUACAUGGAGGGAGGUGGAGGCAGAGAGGUGGACUAUGCCUCUUGCAAACGCUUGGGCUCCAGCUACAGAGCGCUGCCCAAGACCUACCAGCAGCCCAAAUGCAGCGGCCGCACCGCCUUGUGCAAGGAGGUGUUAAAUGACACAUGGGUGUCGUUCCCGUCCUGGUCAGAGGACUCCACCUUCGUCAGCUCCAAGAAGACUCCCUAUGAGGAGCAGCUGCACCGCUGCGAGGAUGAAAGAUUUGAGUUGGACGUGGUUCUGGAGACCAACCUGGCCACCAUACGCGUGCUGGAGAGCGUCCAGAAGAAGCUGUCGCGCCUUUCGCCCGAGGACCAGGAUCGCUUCCGAUUAGACGACUGCCUGGGCGGAACCUCCGAGGUCAUCCAGCGUCGCGCCGUUUACCGCAUCUACGGCGACAAGGCCCCCGAGAUCAUCGAGGGGCUGAAGAGGAGCCCCGCCACGGCCGUACCCGUGGUUCUCAAGAGGUUGAAAGCCAAGGAAGAGGAGUGGAGGGAGGCCCAGCAGGGUUUCAACAAGAUCUGGAGGGAGCAGUACGAGAAGGCCUACCUCAAGUCGUUGGACCACCAAGGAGUCAACUUCAAGCAGAACGACAUGAAGGCCCUGCGCUCCAAGAGCCUUCUCAACGAGAUCGAAAGCGUCUACGACGAGCGGCAGGAGCAGAGCACAGAAGAAGGCGGCGUCGGCCAGCAGAGUCGCAACGGCUCCAGUACAACCGCUACCAGCGAGCCUCACAUGGUGUUUACGUACGAGGACAAGCAGAUCUUGGAGGACGCCGCCGCGCUCAUCAUCUACCACGUCAAGCGCCAGCCCACCAUCCACAAGGACGACAAAGACCACAUCAAGCGCAUCAUCCAGCACUUUGUUCCCGACCUGUUCUUCUCCCGCCGCGGCGAGCUCAGCGACACGGAAGAAUGGACGGACGAGGAGGCCGAGCCCGAGGACGGAGGAGAGCGGGCAGCAGGUGGAGCAGCAGCUGUAACGGCAGCAGCAGGAGGAGCAGCAGCAGCUACAGGAGGAAACGCCAACAUCUCUAAUGCAUCAGCAGCCGCCAGUGGUCAGUCCCAACCGCAACCAGCCCAAGCUCAGACCCAGCCCCAAAGCCAGCAGCAAUUAAACAGCGAGUCCAGACGGAGACGCGGCAGCCCUCCCCAACCAGCAGACACGGAAUCCUCCAGCACCCCCGGCAGCACGAUCCAAACUGCCACGGCCACCAGCUCCGCCACAGGAUCUGCGCCCACGGAGACGAGUUCAGGCGCAACGGCGGAGAAGGUGGACCUGCGAGACCCCGAAGCCGAGCACCAGAAGGAGCUGGAUGGCGUCUACAACCUUUUCUUCGUCAACAACAACUGGUAUUUCUUUCUGCGGCUGCACCAGACUCUCUGCUCGCGUCUGCUGCGCGUGUACCGGCAGGCAGAGCGCCAGCUGCUGGAUCACCGUGCCGAGCAGAGCAGGGAACGGCUGCUUGUGGCCGAGGGGAGACGGGAAAAAGCCUGUGACCUCGCCAUGGAGCUGCGCCUCAAACAGCCCAGUGAGGUGGAGCUGGAGGAGUACUACCCCGCCUUCUUAGACAUGGUACGCAGCCUGCUGGAUGGCAACCUGGACUCCACUCAGUAUGAAGACACCCUUCGGGAGAUGUUCACCAUCCACGCCUACAUCGGUUUCACCAUCGACAAGGUCAUCCACAACAUCAUCAGACAGCUGCAGCACCUGGUGAGCGACGAGGUGUGCCUGCAGGUGGUGGAGCUCUACCUGGCCGAGAGAAAGAGGGGUGCCGCUGGGGGCAACCUCUCAUCGCAGUGUGUGCGAGCCGCCUGGGAGACCAGCUACCAGUGGAAGGCUGAGAGAGCCAUGGCUGAGGAGAACUGCUUCAAGGUGAUGUUCAUCCAAAACAAGGGCGACGUGACGAUGACCAUCGAGCUGUUGGACACGGAGGAGGCCCAGGCUGAUGACCCCUUAGAUGUUCAGUGCUUGUCUACCUACAUGGAGCAGUUUGUGGGAACAGAGUCCAGUCUGUGUUCACAAGCAGAGGGCUACUUUUUCAAACCGGUCUUUCUUCCCAGGAACCUGCGUCGCUUCCGGCGCUGGCAGGUGCGGCAAGUGGAGGCAAUGCGCUGCAGACGCGAGUGGCAGCGGCAGCUGGGCGUGGAAAACGCCGGCAGCCUGGACUGCCGCUUCAAACUCAACACGCACAAGAUGGUGUUCGUCAUGAACUCUGAGGACUACAUGUACCGCAGGGGAGCGCUGGUCAAAGCCCGGAAGUCCCAGAACCGCGUGGCGGCGAGUCAGCACGAACGCUUCGACAAGUGGCACCAGGGCUGGCGGGCGGAGCACGUGACACCGAUGGCUGAGCGCGGCGUGCAGAAGUGGCUGCUGGGCGAGGAGGAGGAGGACAUGGUCCCCUGCAAGACCACCUGCCUGUCCGCCCACGUCAAAGGGCAGACGGUCAACAGAUACCAAGUUCAUUACAGCGGUAGCAAAGCCCCCGCCUCGCCUUAGAGGGGGGGGGGGGUCUCUCUCACACACAGACAGGUAAAUGCAUGGACGUCCAUCCACUACACAGUGCAGUACUUGUACAGCUCGGCCUGCAUGCUCACUCUCUAACAAGAAGUGAGUGAGCAUGUGGGCCAAAAGGACCAGCAGGACAAACAGUCAUAAACUAUUCUGGACCCACGGGACAAUGAGUCCCCCUCCCUCCACCCCUCUAAGAAUCAACAAGAUUGAUCAUGAUUGAUCAGGAAACGCUUUCAGAAAUGUGAAUGUCUUUCUUUUCUUUUUGGUUUUUGUUUUUUAAAUUCUUCUUCUCAUCAUCAUGUGUAGUUUUAGCUUGUAAAGCCAGAGAGCCUUCUGCUUCUUGGUUGCUUCCAUGCGUCCUUCUACCAGGAGAUCAAGGUCAGCGCGUGUAAGUAAGUACGAUGUUUGUGUAUCCUGUACUUCAUUUUGUCUCUGUAUGCCCGGUCAAUACACUUUAGGACAGUACGUGCAUAUAUAUCUUUAUUUUAUAUAUAUACAUAUAUAUAUGCAUUUACAUUCAUCUAAAGAUCACGUGGUUCUUUACAGUGUUUGCUGUCGGCCAACUCUUGAUGUUUGCGUCCCCCCCCCCUUUGUAUCGUAGCUGAAACCCCUUUAUCAUCAGGGCAACCAGGACUCCUUCAAUUUGAUUCAAUUUUUCAUACCGAUGAUAAUUAUGUAUCAUAAUCAUGAUUUCACUGAAUGUUUUGUUGUUUUUUUGGCAUACUGACAUUGAAAAUAAAAGCAAAAAUAUCAGUGUUAAAAUAGAAUGUAUAACAUUGAUCCUGUAUCGGUUAUCAUGAAUAAAACAAGCUAGUUGUCACCUUCCUA